GCCAGGAUCGGGCGUUGCUUGCAUCUGCUCUCACUGUAUACUACACCACCGGACAAGCACUAGACUAGGGGGGAGUAACUGUGGAGUAAUGUCUGCACACGGCGGGGCUUCAUUGAUGGAGCGCUUGACGUCCCUGUCCUCGGAGCCGCCAGAGUGCCCCAUCUGCAGCGAGCGCUACGAUCCUGACCAGGAGGAUCUCGUCCCCAGAAACCUCUCCUGCGGACACUCCAUGUGCUCGCGGUGCAUCGGGAGGUACAUGUCGACCAGUGGGAAAACUGUGGACCAAGACAUUGUCAUGAUGUGCCCUAACAAGUGCUCCAGGCUCACCACAAUCCCCGGUGGAAACAUCCAGAACCUCCCCAAGAACUUCCCUGUCAUGGAGAUGGUCCACACCCGCCAGUUUGAGCGCUCAAAAUCCCAGGCCACUAUACAGUCGUCCUGUAUUGGAGAGUACUACUGUGACGUUUGUGAGGUGUCCAAGGCGGAGGUGGCCUGCCCGAGCUGCGCUGUGUCCCUCUGCUUCACCUGUUCCUCAGAGAUCCACCAGAAGAAGGGGUACCAGGUCCACAAACUCGUGGCAAUGUCAGAUGUCCUGGAUGGAAAUCUAGACAUCCAAUUCACGGAUGGGAUGCUGACCCAGCGUUCGUUCUCGGACCCCGAAGUCCUUCACGCGGCAGCGGCCCAGCCCAAGAUGUGUAGGGUCCACUCGUCAGAGCUGGUAGAGUAUCUCUGUGUCAGCUGCUCUGCUGAGGUCUGCAAAAAGUGCCACCUGGUGGACGGUCACCGCGGACACGAGUGUCGCCUACUCAAGGAUGUGGCACAUGAGAAGAGAGAAUCUCUACGUGGGCUACUAGCUGCAGCACAGGAGAAACACGCCGUCUGGAACAAGGGUUUCGACCGGUGUCAGGAGCUGAGAGAGGCGUCCAAUGUCCGUCGAACGGAGCUGGAGCGGAUGAUCAGGACGCACUUCGAGGAGGUCCGGGCGGCGUUGGUGUCUAGGGAGGAGAGGAUACUGGGAGAGCUCCGUGAGGAGAUGCAGAGACGAGACCAGCUGCUGUCUGCACAGGCCGAUCAUCUGGCCAAGGUGUGUGAGAUAGCCAAGGAUCUCUGUGAGGAGGUUGAGGAGGUGAUUGAUGGCUCUGACUCACAGGUUGUGCACAGAGGGGAGACACUGGGAGGUCAGGUGGAGCAGUACAUCAGGUCAGAGCAGGACACCAAUCCAGUGGUCUCUGACAGCAUUCUCGCUCAGUUCACGGACAAGGGGGAGCUCCUGCAAUUAACCGAGAGACUCGGAGAACUCAAAUUUCCUCCAGGGAGGGUGGAGGGAGUGAGGGUCAAAUCCAGAGGUCCCAGUGAGGUGAAGGUGUCCUGGCCCGCCCUAUCCUCUCCCUCCAUCUCUGCCUACCUUCUUGAGGUCUCAUCUGGAGGACAACCAUACAGAGUGGUGUAUGAAGGCCCCCAGAUUGAAUAUGAUGCUGAUGGAGUUGCCACCGAGGAAGAUGUCAUCUUCUAUUUCAGAGUGGCUGCUGUGAAUGCCGUGGGCAUCGGGCCAUACAGUGUCUCAGUCAGCUAUACCAAGAAGAAAGCUUGUUUCCUGUGGGACCCUAACAAGCGUCACCCGAAAGCCCACAUCAGCAAUGGAGGCUACACAGUCAGUAUUGGGGAGAACGCCACCUGGGUGAGUGUGGGUACCAACACCGUCCUCUCCCACGGCUGCCACUACUGGGAGGUGAUCCUGGAGAAAUACGGAGCACCCUCUCUGUCCAGGAAGGCUGUCAUUGGUGUCGUCGCUGCCGGGUUCCACCAGUGGCACAGGUCACACGGAGUCAUAGGGAUAAAGACGUGUCCCAUUGGAAACCGUUCGUGGGGCCUUGCCUGCGGGACCGCAAAGAAACUCGCUCACGGGAGCACCUUCUUCAACUCCCUUGGUCGCAAACACAACCUGUUCAGGGAGGGAGAUGCUGUGGGAGUCAUGUUGGAUCUCUCCCAACACAUCAUGUCCUUCUACCGCAACGGGAAACCCCUGGGAAUCAUCUUUGACGAUGUGCAUGGUCCAGUUGUUCCCGCCGUGUCUUUCUGUCGCCACAAGGCCCUCACUCUCCGGUUCCCCUCCACCCCUCCCACUAGCCCCGCCCCCUCCAGACACUUCUCGAGCCCCAGCCUCUCCCGGCAUGUCCCUUCGAGCCCUGCAGCGUCGAGAUGUAAUGCCGUGGUCCGCCAGACUGCCCGCUCUCUGUCCACUAAUGCCAUUGAGGUGAAGGGGAGUCUGACAACCCCAGUUGGUGGAGGGACCCUUUGACCUGCUGCGAGGUGGCCCUGCCUUCUCUCACAAUAAUUAUGUACUUUUGUGUUUAUGUGUGUAGGUAGCCAUGUUUUUGCUACAAAAUAUUUAUGGUCACGUUUUUUAGUAUUGUUUUGUCAUUGGGAGCGGAUCGAACAGCGGGAUUGUUCUCAUCCUUUGCAAGGCAAAGAAGGCAGUCUCUCAACUAUCAUUGGCUUGUGAAUAUCUAAAGAGAGAUGAGAGAGAUA